CUCCAAACUUGGCGGACCAGGCUCCCAGGGGAGGGGUUUAGGCAGGGGCAAACAUUUCACACGCCGAAGAAACCCCAAGGGGUCGGCGAAUUCACAAUCGCGCCGCACUUUUGCCAUCCUGAUGGAAUGUCGUGCCAUUUUUGCACGGAUAUGCAACCGAUUCAAAUCACAUCCCAAAGUGUUUCGCACUUUCCGAUGUAGCCGUCUUAAGUUCAAGCCGUUACGUGUCAGCUGGAGCGUGUUGGUUGCCAAACGCGCUUGGCGGGGAAGAACCAGUAGCUUUGCAAGCACGGUGUGUAGUCUGUGGCACUUGCAACUCGCGCGUCUCCGAAAUGGUGCAUAACGAGGCCUUGGCCGCGAUCAUCGUUCGCAGUUGCAUCGCCAUAUGCAUUGUCUCUUUGACGAGAUAUUGCUGGCAGUUUCGGGGCGACAUGGCAACGCCGCAUCAAUCACUGAAAGCACUGAUACUUAAGCUCGCGUCUGUUCCUUCCAUGCCUUUGAAUGACAGAUUCUGCAAGGAACUCGACAAGGCACGGGUGGCCCGAUGCAAGUACUUCAUAGAUGUGCUUCAGGUGCCAAUCACGAUUUCAUUUCUAGUGCAUCUGCUACUUGUGAGUAGUACAGGUCCUUGCGACUGGUCACUCGCUUUCACAGCAGUAUACAUGUUUGCCAGGCAUGUCGCGUAUUUGUGCUACAAGUGCUACAUUGAGACGAAUUGUUUUUCCGUGUCUCACAUACAGGUGUUGUUCAAAGUUGUAAUGCUGGCUGGCGCAAUCCGAAUCUACUUGGCCGACACUGACCUAUUCCUUAUGAACGGCGGGUUGCGCUGCGGACUGCGAAUGGUGAAUGCGGUGCUGCUGCUUGACUGGCAGACCGCUGUCAGAUGGAACGCGUUUCUCUCUGCAAUUGUUGGCCUCUCAAUCUGGGGGCGACUCGCCGAGUUGUGCGUAGACGGGCGGUCUCCCAGGGACGUUUUCAUACAUCAUUUUGUAACUGAGCUUGCCGUUUGUGUUUGCGUUUGCGCUGUCGCAGUCCUCCUCGAAGCGGGCGAGAGGCACCGCAUCAUAGCGUCUCUAGAGUCCAGCCAGUCUGGCAGGUCUUAUCGGGCAACUCAAAGACUGCUCAGCGUGUUCUGUGAUGCUCAGCUGCAAAUAUGCCCACAAUCUAGCAUCGUUGCCCAUUCUCCGCACUUGCUGCACUUGCUGGCCCCCAGAGAUGGCAAAGAUGAGACUAGAAGUACGCUUCAGGGCGAGUCCUUCGUUCGAUACGUGGAAGAGUCUGACCGGCAGCGCUUCCAAGACUUCAUCUCUGCGACGGCGGUGCGGCAAUCGGAGGACGCCUUGCUGAAUCGUUUUGCCGCGUCACCUGGCGAACAUCCGAAGCCAGACGAGCACACUAUGGGCCCCGCCACCUCCAUCCAGGUGUCCCUGCGCAAGGAAGGGGGAGGGCACCCGACCCCCGUGGAGCUGUUCCUGAUCCCCGUUGCCGACGUCGACGACGCUCCCGAAUACCUGAUGGGGAUCCGCGAGGCGCAGGAGGCGCUACCGCUGGAGGCCUACAUGGACGCCCCCGAUGCGGUGCCGUCGCAGCUGCGCGCCGCGGGCGCGUCCGCUCGCGAGGCCGCGCUGGGGCCGUUGGCGGGCGAGCGGCACCCGCCGAAGGGCCUGUCCCUGGGGCCGGCUCAGGGGCAUCCGCCGCUUCCGCUGGCUCGGGCGCCGGCAGUGUCGUCCGCCCUCCUCGGGUGCAGCGUUAGGCCUCCGCCACGCUUCCCAGAGACCACGGUCCCAGUCCUCGCGCUCGUCGUCCUCGAGGGCCUCUUCGGCUUCGUCACGCUCGUCGGCCGCGCCCGACGCCGGCAGGGUGUCGUCCAUCGGCCUGCGGCUGGACUCCGCGACCAGGGAUCUCCGCAUCCUGGAGAUGGUGCUGAGAUUUGAUGUCCAGAAGUCGGCGCCAGCCCUGAAGGAAUGGCUCCCGAGAGAGGUCCUGGCCGAGAUCCACAAGCGCAGCCAGGCAAUUGUGAACGAGACGGCGUAUGGAAGUGAGCUGGACGGCACUCUCGGGGCGCUCCGGUUUUCCAUCAACGGAGCCGCGUUCAUGCUUGCAGAGUGCGCAGAGCUUGUGCCCGGGAGCUCCACGCGGGACCCUGACGGCUCGGACGCAAGCUCCGAGGAGCUUGGGCUGGUGGUGGGCAUGAACCUGCACGGGCUGUCGAAGUUACGGAUGCCGUGGCAGAGCAAGCGGAGCAGGGUCUCGACAAGCCUGCAGCCUAUCGACGAGCUGUCGACAGAUUUGGAGACUGACGGCUGAGUGUUGGCACGCUCUCAGCGUGCAAGCCGUCAUGGGGCCUGCGGGGAGACAGGGGGUCCAGCGAGAUGGUGGGUCGAAGCGUCAAUGAAUGCCUGAAUGCCCAGGUCGGACAGGCCGUGUCAUCGAGGCCCGACGCAUCUCCCGAUCACCCGCUUCGGGCUUGGGGUGAAAGCCUCAUUCGCGCUUUGCGAAAACUGCUC